AGAGUGCAGACUGGAAAGGAGGGGAAGAGGCGGCGGCAGCACCGCCCACGGUUGGCAGUAGUCAGCAGAGCGCUGGGUUGUUUACAAGCGGCUCGGAUGAAGAAAAGCCUCCUCCUGCUCCUCCAGCACCGGGGCCUCAGGAGACGGGCAAAGAGCAAGAAGCGUAAAUGGCCACCUUCACCUUGCGACCCGCUUCUGGCCGCGACUGCGCCGACAUCCUCCGCCUGAUCAAGGAACUUGCAAGAUAUGAAGAAAUGGAGAAUCGUGUGAAAUUGACUGAAAAAGAUUUACUUGAAGAUGGUUUUGGGGAACGUCCAUUUUACCACUGCCUUCUUGCAGAAGUACCAGCGGAGUAUGCGACUUGUGAAGGACACACUAUCGUAGGCUAUGCUAUGUACUUCUACACAUAUGAUGCUUGGAUUGGAAAAAUACUAUAUCUUGAAGAUUUCUAUGUCAUGGAAAAAUUCAGAGGGCUUGGAAUUGGUUCGGAAAUACUGAAGAAGAUCAGUCAGACCGCUGUUCAGGACCACUGUAGCAGCAUGCACUUCGUGGUAGCAGACUGGAACCACAGAUCAAUUAACUUCUAUAAGAAGCUUGGUGCUACAGAUGUAUCUAAAAAGGAAGGGUGGUCUCUGUUUGAAAUUCAAAAGAAGCACAUGGUUAAAAUGGCAAAUGAGGAAUGAAAACCUAUUUGAAGAACUAUUUUCAAAUUUAUUCAGAAACCAUGCCAAUCUAAAGUUUUUUAUUAUUGUAAAUUUUGAACCUCAAUUUUAAUUGUAUGAAGAACAGAGUCGCUUUAAAAUAAUUAUUUUGCAAUAUUAUUAGAAACAGCUAUUUAAUCAUUCAGAUAUUAGUCUGACCUGGUACGGUUAAUAAAUCCUAUAAGAAUGAUUGUACAGCAGAUUAACUGCUAAAGCCAACCAAAGGUUUUGGUGUCUGCACUAUUAGAAAAUGAUAUGCUUUAUACAGUAUAUGGUAAAUGUAUUGUGUGUAGUGCUUUACUUGGAUACAGUGUUGAUGUGGAGAUAUGCUCUCUAUUUCUGUGUGUAAAUAAAUAAAAUUAUAGUCUUGUGUCUUCUA